AUGGGCCAGAAGCUGGAAAAGCUUUCUGAAAAGGAUGAAGAAUCUCCUGAAAAUUCAGAUUGUUCAGAGCAAACUGGGGUGACAGAAACAUUGAAGACAGCAGAACAAAUUGAGAUCAGAGAUCAGGACGAUGGCAGUUUGGUGACCCCUGGGAGUAUUGGUGAGAUUAGUGGGAUCAGUAUCAGCAGCAUGGUCUCUGGGCACGCAGGGGGGCUUACUGUCACUACUGCACGUACAGACCCCCAAACUGGGCAGCCAAUCAGCCCUCUAGGUCAGCAGGAGCACCCUCCAAAGACCAGGAGAGAGAGGGUGGGUGGAGAUAGGGAGAGCCGGAGUGCCAAUUCAAGUUCAGAGGAGUCAAAAACUGUCCAAAGCUCAAAGGAGGUGAGACAAGCUUCAAACAAAGAGCGAAACCUAAAAAGCAAGGCUGUGGCCUCAACCGGGACUACAGCUAUGGAGGAGCAGGAAACUGGGAAAAAAUCUAAACUUGGCCACCCUAAGAUGAGUCUUGAUUCUCAGACAAAGAGUCUCACAGCAUCAUGUGACCCCAGUCUUGAGGAAGACUUUGUGGUGCUGGAGAGGGACGAGACUUGGACGUCUUCUGAUGGGGAAAAUAACAUCACCUCUGGCGGCGGGAUAAAAACUAAGGAUUCUCAGCCAUCUAUCGAAAGAAUAGCUAACAACACUUUUGAUUGCUACAGUGAAGACAGUCUUCAACAACCAUCUAGGCACGCCCAUACAAACAGGAGACAGUCUGAUACAGUUUCAGUCACAACUGACAGCUUGGAGGCAAAUGCUGGCUGCUCAGCCACAGAGGGUUUCCAGAGGGAAGGGGGUCAACAUUUGGCUGAAGUGACAGGCAGCAGGUGUCGGCUAAAAAGAGUCAAUCAUGUUGGAGCUACUCACACUGAGACAACUGGUAGAGAAACAGCAGAGAGGGAACAUGACAGGAAUGACCGUAGCAAGGAGCAAGUCACAACCAACUUUAAUAAGGAGCACGUAUUAGUUAGGAAGAGCAGUGGCGGUUUGGAGCCAUGCUUGGAAAAGGUGGAUCCUUCUAGAAAACAAGUGGAAGCUGAUCCAUCCCAUCAGAAGAGCAGGUUUGCUGGAGUCGUCUCUAGAAGGGCUAAAGAAGGUAUUUCUGGUCCGUGCACCAAGAAGGAGGACAACCAAGAGUUCAACCAAAAAUCUGAGCGGAGCCUCCCAGAGGUCCCUGGCUUUGAUAUACCAUUACUGCAAGAUGAUGUCUCAUUUUCAUUGGAACAAAUCAAUGAGAUUCCUGCUAUUCCUCUACCAAGGAAUGGAGUCAGCAAUGAAAGGAAACAUAUCGCCAGCCUAAAGAGGGAGAGCGAGCUUGUUUGUUUCUCUGCAGUCAUUACUCCUCCACCUGUAACUCAUCUGUUGCCCAUGAGAGAUACAUCAGUGGAAGAGCAAUCCAGUACAAGAAUGGAGGAUUCUCAGGCCACACCAGUCUCAAUUGACUCUACAGCUGAGUCUACACCGAAAGAGAAGCCCAAAGCUAAAGGCCCUCCUCCACCUGUGCCUAAAAAACCUAAAAAUCCUUUUAUAAAGCUCAAAACUGCACAGUUAAUGUCUACUGAUGUGCAAAGACGAAACAAAGGUCAUUUGCGUUCAGAGGAGAGGAUCAGGAGAAGACACACUAUUGAUUUCAACAAAUUCCUGCCAUGUAACGCUCCAACUAAUCAGGACAUGUGCUUGCUGUGGGACGAAAGGAGCACCUAUACUCUGCCAACCAACAUUCGGCGGCUAUCGGUUGACCUCAGCCAAUGGGAGCCCUCACUUGGACCCAUGGAUGAUCAGUUUGGAGACAUGAUCGACUUUGAUUAUUGUGAUCGAAUGGCAAAUUUGUCCCCAGAGGAAGACCUGCAGAACCUCGACAUGUUGCAAAGAAGAGUGUUCCUGGAGAGACGAUCAAGAUUUAAAAGCUCACAACCGCCUGUUGCAAAAAAGUCCCAAAAUCCUUAUGCGUCUUCAGAGACUUUACAUAUACCUGAGGCCACAGCAGACAGUAAGGUCCAGAGACCAAAAUCUUUUUGUUUUGGGACAAGAGAAACCUACCAUGAGCCCAUAUCUGACAGAGCCAGCACACAGGUACGCAAUGACGUCCAGUCUACAAAUGGUAACUAUAAAGACAUGAGUGAUUACAGUAAUGACAGGGACAGAGGACAUGAGAUGGGUUCAAACAAGCCAGUAUCUGAAAUUAUCAAAGAGACAAAUCAACUUCAGAGAUAUCAGAACAGAGUCAAACCUGAAGGAGUCAAAGCUCAGGUUCGAGUGGCUGAGCAGAACCCGAGUGUGAAAGUGUCCCAGAUGAAGAACACUUUUGAUGUCCCAAAGAAAACCAGAGAGAGACCACAAGAAGUUCAAGCAUCCCCAAAGAAAGGUAAGGACUGUUCGAGAAUUCAACUCUGCCUUUGUUUCUUGACUUAAUGAAAGCAUUCAUGCAGAGGAAAGCACAUGUGAUGUACUGACAUGAGAGGGUACUUUCCAAACUGAACAAAACAAACUGUUGUGUCAAAAGUUACUGAAAGGUUCGUGAAGGAACCUAACAUGAAGGUUUACUGUUUUCACUAUUUGAACAAAACCUUGCUCUGAAAAUGGGAAUUUUGUAGAGGAGUUGAUUAUUUUACCCUGUGGAAGCUAUUAAAUGUGUUUGUUUUGAACGUGUACUUUGUAAGUCAUGGUGCCAGGAAGAUUUGUGUAAAAAGUACCUUCAUCCACCCCGCAUUAAGCAGACAAAGCAGGAAGGUAGCUACCAAAGACAAUGAAGACUCUACUAACCAAAAAGUUGGAUUUUUCCUUCAAAAGUUGGUGGAUCGUGAAACACAACAAAGAAUAACACAAACAAAAAGACUGUUUGCAAACAGCUUAGGAAAAAAAAUCUUCUCCUUAUUAAAAACAGCUGAUGCAUCCAUGUUCUGCCAAGAACCCAAUAACAGGUCUACAUGUCGUUAUGUAACAGAACACAUUUAAACAUUUAACUCUAAUUCGAUCAAGAAACUUCUUCUCCCUGAAUGAUCUGAGCAGUAAUUCAAUAGGAAACGAAGCAAGCUCUUCUCACACAGCUUCUCACAUGGUUUAACUGGGAUUCAGCAGAAGCAUUUACAUAACUUUGAAGACAAAACAGUCAGGUGAUAAUGUUCAUGUCUCUCCAGUGAACUUAUCUUCGUCCUGCUGUAAAACAGUUUGGAACAUCUCCCUAUUUUAACCUCCUCCCACAGCUCAUGGCGGACAUGAUUUAAUUUACUCUAAGGUGUAAAUGAGAGAACUACUGUGUAUGGCUACCUUGGUAAAUCCUGUGGAAGUCUUGGCAGCUCCUUGUGGUGUUUCCCUGCCAUCUGCUGAUGCAUACUGGAAUUGGUUCCAAACCCAGUGACCUUUUUGAAGUAAGCAGAAAAAGAGAGAAAAGGUUAAUGUUUUUCUUAUUCCCCAGUUAUUUUAUCCAUAAAUUCAACACACUUAAGAUGACGGAAACCCUCAAACAACAGAACUAUUUGACAACCAAACUACAUCAAAUUAAUUUUCAAAUAAAAAUGGAUUUUUUUUAAAUCAAAAAAGUAAGAGCCUCACCAAAGUUGUGUUAUUUAUGAAGAAUAAUCCUCAUAUAAGUGUUACUGACUUGACCUUUUUGUUGCAUUGGCUCAUGAACUGAAAUAUGUGGUUCUUGACGUCGCUGAGGAUCAAUCAAUCAAUCAAUCAGUCUUUAUUUAUAUAGCACUUUUCAUACAUAACAUGUAGCACAAAGUGCUUCACACAGAAAAAGGAAUAAAAGAAACAAAGAAUACCCAAAUUUACCCCAACCCAAGAUUAAAAGAAUACCCAAAUCAACCCCAGCCAACCCCUCAUUCCCACCUCACGGUCUAAUUGCAACAGAAACAGUAUUAAAAUGCAUAAACUUAAAAAGGGCUUGAUUUCAUGGAAACAUUAAUGUGCGCACUGAGGAAACGUCAUUUUCAAACUCAAGAUAAGGAAACACUGGAGGUUUAUGUUAAUAUCUAAAAAAAUGACAUGGGUGACAUGAUGUGAUUAAAAACCCCUAAAAAAAGGGAUUUAAUCUUGUGUUUGGACAUUUUGUUACUCUUUUAUUGGCACUCACAAGCUGUUCAUUUACAAUAAUUUUCACUGUUGUUUCUGUAUUUUACAGAUAUUCAUUAUGAGGAUUAGCAGUACCCAAGAGCAGUCUGGUAGCCUGAUAUUAGUUAAAUUGGCUACUUUAGGCAUAUUACAGUGUUUAAAUAUUACGUCUGGCUUCAUAGGACAACAACUUAAACUUGGUUACAAACAAACUCCAGAUGUGGAAGACAACAUUUUGAAAUAAAGGAUUGAUAUCCUGUUUACUGUGCAAGCAAACAGGGUGAUUAGUUAAUAACUGAUUCAUCUGCAUCUGUUUAGUAUGAGUGCAUCACAGUCUAGGAUUGUGGGUUUAGAGAAGGGGGGCUUUUUGUGUUUGGAUAGCCCAUGCUGGGCUGGAGUGGAAUGGGAUGGGAUGGGACAGAGGGGGAGGGGAGGGACUGUGAUACAAAGGAUGCUCCUGGCGAUAAAAAUCCACAUUUCUGCAGACAUGAACAAAAUAUAAUACAUCAGCAGAUCUACUUCUGAAGACAAGAGGAGGGUGUACCAAGAAGCUCAGUCUUCGUGCAGACCCAUCCCCAUUCACAGCCCUGGGAAAUGAAAUCUAACUUUUCAUUUGCGCAUGUGCCGUAGCCGGUCGUCACAGUAUUCUAUUGAAUUUAAUAACGAUGAGAGUAGACGAAAGCUAGUCUCCCGCAGGUGAGAGGCACACAGGAGAUGCUGUAUUUGUCAACUGGCAUCCUGAAAUACCACCAGAUUUAAUACACUGCUUUCCGGCCACAUAUUUGCAGUCAGAAGUGGGAAUAAGAACAUAGCGACCGAGCUUUUUUUGUGGAGACAAGGGAUACUAGAGCAACGUCCUGCAGGAUAAGGGCGCGCCUAAACUACCAGAUUCAUGUGUUGUGAUUGAUUACCCCCGUGCUUACAGAAAUCUUGCAUAGAUUUAGGAGGUAAGAAAACAUUAAAAGUAUCUUUGAAUUGUGCAUUUUGCAUGUGAACCAUCGGUCGGGGCUGUGCAGCAUCCAUUUAGCCUCGCUGGAUGGGUUAGGGAAUGGGAGCAGCCAAAAAGCUUGGGUGGAAAUAUCUGCACUUGCGUCAGCUGGCGGCGGUCCACCGCAGCUAACAGUUAGCAGCUAGGCUAGUCUGCUAGCUUUUACCGACGAGCGUAUGGAUGCGAAACACACUGACAGGCUAACUGAGCAAUUCUAAGAAAAUAACACACUUUAAAGCAUAGAGAGAGCUCAUUGCUCGGGAAAGACAUCGGGAGUUGGGCUAGUAGAUUUAUAUUUCGCGUAAAUGGUGAAGAAAAAGACACCCCCCUCUGGUUGCCUCCCCCUUGUUUGCGAUGUGUGUCAGCGGGGACAGCGGCUGCCGAGACGGGACCAGCCCCGGCAUAGCUGCCGACCUGCCGGCGGGGCAGUGCGGCGGAACACGGGUCUACUUUUACCACCGUUACGUUAGAUAUACUCACAUAAACUAAUAGCCUCCAUUAAAAAGAAUCUUAAAAUCAAAUAAAACAUGUAUCUUGAUUUCAAUUUUAAGUGAAAGUCAGAUUUUGGGCGUAACGUUUCACACUUACAUCCAUAUCUGCAGACCCCGCUCAGCUCCCAGCUUUCACUAACGUUACGCUAGCAACCGUUGCUAGCUAAACUACUCUGAACCAAACCUUCACCAUAACCUUAAUAUAACGUAUUUAUAAACUGCUUGGGUGGUUACAAAUCACAGCUUAGCCUCGUCAUUAUCUUAUCAUUUUAGUUUGUGCCUAACAAAUAGCUAUAAUGAGACGAGCUUUGUGUCACCGUGAGCUAGCGUUAGCCACCGACCAUUGUUCAAUGUUAGCACGGUGCAGUUGUUCCCAGCACGGUUGGAAAUACUCCGUUUGUGGCCGAAAAUGCUGUUUAAACUAGGAGUGAUUGUGACAACACUUAUGAGGUUAAGGAGAACACCUGGUUAGCGGUUAGUAGUUCUUCAUACAGCCUGACAAAAAUGCUCCUUCCGUGCCAUUCAAUGUAUCAAUACAACCAGAGGAGCCAUAAUAUUGUACACCAGCUCACUGUCUUGGACACCAGUAUCACAGCAUUAUUAUCUGAAACUGUUGAAAGAGGCCCAGCAUUGAGUGGCCACCAUCAUGGUGUUCUGUUGUGCUCGUUAGGCGGUGAUGUGGUGUGAGAGGAGCAUGUGGCAACAACGUAUGACAUCAACUCUCCACUGCCUGCAGGGGCUGAAGCAGCAGCUCAUUUUAUCAAAUGCAUAUUUUGAAUGAGGGUAGCUGCUCUUGAAUGGAGCUCUGAUGAAGACUGAGAGAACACGCUGUUCUGAUGUGAACUGUAGUCCCGGACUGACCAGCCAUUAUGCAGCUUUACAGUGCUGUGAUGACUAUUUACAGCUCCUGAGGAUAUUCUUCUAAUAUCAUCUACAUCCAGGGCAAGUUGUUCAAAAAUGAGAGGUUUAUCUCUCAGUUUACAUUGAUGCUCUUGCAUUUUGCAGUAGUUUAUUCUCAGAUGGGAAAAGUUGCAGGCUAGAAUGAAGUGCACAUUAAGGCUGCAUGUGCCUGUCAGUGCAAAAAGAAUAUAUAAUGCCAAGUGUCCUCAAGUUGACCUGUAUGGACAGUUUAGAAAUUGGGUGCUGUAUGAGUUUUGAACCCAUGGCUGAUGCACAUUUUGUGAUGGAAACAGUUCCCUAAAAUGUUACAAGACCACAUGCAUGCUCAUAUUAUAACAUUCAUAUUUUUCAAUCAUAAUCUGUACCAAUCCACUGACUCCCGACACAAUGUCACAUCAGGAGAGUGACUGACAACAGCUGUGUGUGGGUGUAUGAUUUAUACAUGGGGGGGGGGGGGGGGGAGAUUUAGAAUCGUAAAACAUUUGAAGAUGACAUUUAAGAGAAUGAUUGUGGGAUGACAGCUUUAAACCACAACAGAAAAAAGAUAAAGCUGAUCUUACCUUUGUUUGAUAAAUACCAGUCUUAUCCAAAAAUCUACAAAUAUUUUACGACACUGUUGGGCAAGAUUUAUGGAAAAUCCAUUUAUAUGUGUUCGUCCAAAAAGGUCAAAGAGGCCAUCGCUGAGUGUGAAAGAGCAGGGGGUUUAAUGACAUAUCUGUAUUAUCUACAUGUCCAUCAAUAAGUAAAGAAAAGUCCUAAAGUCUAUUUCAUGGAUCAGUAUGUCACUUAGAACUUGCAGCCUGAUUGUCAUACUGACUCACUUAGUCUAAAAUACAGCAAAACCUGUCUGUUAAAGGAUAGAACAUUUCCCCAGGUAGUCAGUGCUCGACAGAUUUACCCUCGGUUGUUCUGUUUCGGCCAAGUUGUCAAAAUGCCAGCAGUUGAAAAAUAGGAUAGCCUAAUGCUUCCUAGAAGCUGGAGGCAGUUAAAACGGAGACAGGAGAAGGUGAAAAUGCUUGAGGGGCCACUGAGCCACAAUGUGAUCAUUAAAUGUAGAUCAUCCACUUGAGAUCAUUUCCAGAAUCUCAGAGCAGCAACAGGCCAUCUGUGGUGUGCUCGCAAGACAUGUGCUCAAAAUAAGAAAAGGACUGCGGAUAUUUUCAUGAAUGUAAAGCUUUAGCUUCAUCCUAGGGCAUUGAGAUUUGCCUGCACUGAAGCGUUCCUGAUCUAGUUCAGGAAAACGUUGCUGCACACAUGAAGCAGCACUAUCUUUAAUUACACACUAUCUGUAAAAAGAGAUAGUAGCUUGAUCCUUACGUUUUUAAUUUUUUGUUGCAGAGAAGAAACUGCUUGACUGCAGAUUUUGUGUUGUGCACUGACUUGUAAAAGCAGAAGUAACCUUCAUUAGACAGGCAGCAUAAAUAUUAAUGACCACUAAAACUUAAAACUGGUGCCUCAGUGAGGUGCAUUUAAUUUAGCUCAAGUGCUCUGCUGUUAAACCUCUAUAUAUACAUUUAAGAAGAAAACAAAACCAUGCCAAUGUUAGUUGAGUUUAUUUGACUCUCUUUUCUUACUGCUUAUUAGAUAAAAUCUUCAAUAUUAACUCCAAAACUGGUCUCAGUUCAUGAGGUCAAACUUGACUUGAUAGUAUCGGGGUGAUAUGAGUCAAGAUAUUUAUCAAUCUGAUGUAUAAUUUAGUUUUUUACACAAUAUAUAACUUGAACUGUAAGUGUUGUCAUGGUGUAGUUUGUCCAGCAGAGCAUGCUCCAGUCCUGAUGUUGACCAUGCAGAGAGUGGAUCAUUUUAGCUGUGCACAUGGAGGUCAGCACCAGAGUUGGUAAACAUCGCUCAGUGAGAUUGAAUUUGCUUCAACAAAGCAGCCUUUUUAAGUAAAUUUGUCAAGUCAUAUCAGGGCAUAUUUCUCAGUAAGAUAGAUUUUUUUUCUCUGUGCUAAGAUUUAACAUUUCGACAAAUCAGAAAGUUAAUUUUUGUGUAGAUACGCCUUUAGUUGAGGGUUUUCACCUCAUUCCACCCUUUUCUCUGAGUCUGAAAGAAGUCAGAAAAAAUGCAGUGAGGUUUUAAAGGUAAACACAGCUGGAGAAAAAAUGUGUCUCCUGUGCUUUUACUUCAAAUAUUUGCCAGUAGGUAUGCACAGAAACCAACUCAGCCACACGUAAUCAGCAUAAUCUCAGAUUAGACAGACUGGCGGGAAAAAGAUAACCUCCAGGUAUCCUCAAUAUGCUCAGUGAAGGUGAUGGAUGCUCAUUUGCAACUGUUACAUGAAUUUCAGAGGAAACUAUGAUAUGCACCUUGGUUUAAUGUACCCGGUAUUCUCUUUGCAGAUAUGUUGCGGCGAGUUGUACGACAGAGCAAGUUCCGUCAUGUGUUCGGUCAGGCCGUGAGGAAUGACCAGUGUUACGAUGACAUCCGCGUGUCCAGGGUCACAUGGGACAGUUCCUUCUGUGCCGUCAACCCGAAAUUUGUUGCCAUCAUCAUAGACGCCAGCGGGGGAGGAGCCUUUCUUGUCCUUCCUCUGCAAAAAGUGAGUGACAGUGUUAUGAGUAUAUGUCAAAAAAUAGUGUGUUCAGUUUUAAGAGGGUCUCUGGAUGGGCAGAUAUAAGUAUGUUUCCAGGAACUAUGGAAGCUUCAUCACGAGGGGUUAAUUAAGGUCCAGAGGCUGCUACAGCAACACAUUUAACUCAGCUGACAUUUUAAGCAUUCACAUCAUGAUUUGUAUCCUGCACACAGGGGCUUUAACCAUAAGCUGGGAAUAAAUAACUGUGUGACACUGGCAACCAAAGACCAAAGCUAGACACAGAGGGUGGAAAGCAUACCAGGAGAUACAAGGGCUGUAUCAAAUUAUAGCAUCCAGAGUGUGUAACAAAUCAAUCCCAUAGGCCUGUCCUGUGUCAGCAGAGCCUCAGCACUCGGCUGUUCUGCUGUGACCCCAGCCUGCCGUCCCCUGAGGCUUAUAUCUAUAGUACAAACCAAAGAUAAUCAAUGCUCAAAUCUGCCUGAUAGUAAAGGCAUCCAAUGUGGUUCUUAUUACGGUCAGCUAAUUGAACACAUGAUACUCACAGAGGGGAUGUCUGCUGCUGUGUCAUUAUUUUAGGCCACUGGGUUAAUUGAUUUAUAUUCACCGUAUGAAGUCACGCCUCUGGAGGUGCUGCUGCUCUAACUUUGGGAGGAUGAAUCCAAGAUAUUUGGAUACUGGGAAACACCAGCUUGUUUUACACAGUAGUGCCAGUGUCUUUUUUAGCCGAACAUGAGGACAGAUUCAUGAUUAAGUUUUAAUGUGAUGGUCAGAGAGGGGUGAAAGAUUGUAACGUCAUCAUACAACUAAACUCCUGAUGGAGCUGCAGUGCCAGCCUGUCAUUUUCAUACCUUUCUGACAGAUAUCCACUCACAACGAUGCCGUUUCUCCUCUUGCAGCUGUAAUCUCUCUGUAUUCUGUUUGACAGACUGGUCGCAUAGACAAGGUCUACCCUACAGUUUGUGGUCACACGGGUCCUGUGUUGGACAUUGACUGGUGUCCCCAUAAUGACCAAGUUAUCGCUAGCGGCUCAGAGGACUGCACAGUCAUGGUGAGUUCACCUCUAAAAUCAAACCCAUGAGCAUUGAGUGUUUUUAUUGUUAUUAUUUUUUAUUCUCUUCUUUUUUGAAUUGCUUUUAUUGUUUUUGUUGCUUUUUAUCAUUUUAAUUUAUUCAUUUUUAUUUACUAUGCAUUGUAAAGCACUUUGGUUCACCGAAAGGGUUGUUGUAAAGGGCUGUAUAAAUAAAGAACAUUUAAAUUUACAGUAUUUACAUUUAUUUUGCAGUAUUAGUCUGUAUUGUUUACAUAUCUAGCAAAGUUAAAGUACAAUUUACCGUAUUUUUCGCACUAUAAGCCGCACUUAGAAUCCUUUUAAUUUUCUCAAAACUCCUCAGUGCGCCUUAUGUAUGAAUUCUGUUUGUGCUUACUGACCUCUAACCGAUUUUAUGUGGUACACAGCGCUCAAAAAUCUGUCAAAAUGUUUUAUGACGACCUCAGUUAGCUACAGAGCCGCACAGCCUGAUGGCUUGUCGGAAUAAAGUUUGAUUAUCUGACUGUUUUGUUUGGCUUAAUGCGCUUGAUGUAUGAAAAUAGAAGCGAAUAUACGCUUUCAUUGAUGGUGCGCCUUGUAGUGUGAAAAAUACAGUAAUUUUCCUUUACUUCUAUAACAGUCCAUCUAGACUUACAAAGUUAGAAAAAUCUCCUCUGUAUUUCAUAGUUUGGGAUAUGAGCUUUAAGUCUCUUUUCCUCCUGUGCUGUUAAAACAAUGUUACUGUAGCUCCUAAUGUCUGUCUGGUAUGUAAUUGUUUCCUCUCGCUCUGAUCCAGGUUUGGCAGAUCCCUGAGAACGGACUGGAGAGCCCCCUGUCAGAGCCUGUAGUCGUGUUAGAAGGUCACUCUAAAAGAGUUGGCAUCGUGUCUUGGCACCCCACCGCUCGCAAUGUUCUCCUCAGCGCAGGUAACUUUUCAUCGCAGCCUGUGGUGUUGCCCACCCCGCCACCCCCUGCCUCAAACUGAAACAACUGUUUGGUUUAUUUUGACAGUAGUUUGUCCGCCGUGCACAGCUGAACUCCAAAUCUGACCCAUCAUCUUUUGCCCCCCUGUUGCAUCAACUUUGUGUGAUGUCAAGUCUUGAAAUAGAAUUUGACACAGAGGUUCGAGUGGUCAAGCUGUGCCGCUUGUGUCCAUUUUAGGGUGUGACAACCAGGUCGUCAUCUGGAACGUGGGCACAGGAGAGGCCAUGAUCAACCUGGAGGACAUGCACCCUGACGUUAUCUUUAGUGUCAGCUGGAGCCGCAACGGCAGCCUGCUGUGCACCGCCUGCAAGGACAAGAAAGUCCGCGUCAUCGACCCACGUAAAAAGAAGGUUGUCGCGGUGAGUUGAAUCGGGGUUGGGAUUUGAAUCAAAGUAUGGAAUAAUCUUUCCUAUAAUCACAAAGCCGUCCCAGUGAAUCCCACAAACAUGGCUGCCAAGUCUGACAAGUGUGUUUCUGUUUUCAGGAGAAGGACAAAGCCCACGAGGGAGCUCGGCCAAUGAGAGCGAUUUUUUUAGCAGAUGGAAACAUUUUCACCACCGGGUUCAGCCGCAUGAGCGAGCGCCAGCUAGCCCUGUGGAAAGCUGUACGUCAGCAGAACCUCAUUCCACCUUAAAUACAGACAACACACGGCUAUCACUACCAUCUCCAUACAGCACCCUACCCAGGACACGUGUACAAACAUUAUUAACUGUUCUCUUCAGCAGUAGAUGUGCUGAAUAUGUCAAGGAUCCCUUUUUCUUGAUAUAAUUUCUUUUUCAUUACAACUCAGCUCCAGAAGGGGGCGUCAAAAUCAUUCAGUCACAUCAACGAGACGCUGUUACAGUUACAGAUCACAUGUCAUUUUUGUUUUUCCUAUUGGGUCUGUUCUGCUGUUCAGGGUUUAGGAGCAAAUUUGACAUCUUAAGGGGUUUCCCCUAAAAAAAAUGUAUUGUGUGUUUCCAGGACAACAUGGAUGAGCCCAUUUGUGUUCAAGAAAUGGACUCCAGUAAUGGCAUUCUGCUGCCCUUCUACGACCCCGACACCAGCGUGGUCUACCUGUGUGGAAAGGUGUGCAGCUCUAUAAAGCAUCCUCAGGUUUAUUCUCUCUGACCGGGUUCACAAACUGAUUCUGAGUUUUGACUGUGUGUCCUCAGGGUGACAGCAGCAUCCGGUACUUUGAGAUUACCGACGAGGCCCCGUUUGUCCACUACCUCAACACCUUCUCCACCAAGGAGCCCCAGAGAGGGAUGGGAUACAUGCCCAAAAGAGGCCUGGAUGUCAACAAAUGUGAAAUCGCGAGGUAUUGACCGACAGAGGGUGGGGAUUUUUCUCUGGUGUUACUCUCAAAGUGGGGAUCUCAGUUGCUGCCACACUGCUGAACUGAGACACCAACUACACUGUGCCUUUAAACUGUCUUUCAAACAAACCCAGACUUUUAAAACUUAAAGCUUUAGACGAAUGAGAUUUUACUUUUCAUUUUAUUAUAGUGAAAAUUUUCUUUGAAGGUUAGAUUACUGUAUACAGACAACAGUAGUGAUAUGUAGCCCUAGUUUUCUCUCCUUGAAGGAACCUCUGCUUGGAGACAAAAAAUCAGUGGCUCAUUUUUAGACACAUUUUACAAUUAAAAAGCUCACACAAAACACACAUGCAAACAUUAAGUUAUAUCAAGAAGACCGAGUCAAAAUUGAAUGGAAUGCUCCCUUGAAAUAAGGUGUUGUGAGAUGCUAGCCUCUGUAGAAGGGGACCCUCUCUUAAAUGGAUACAAAAGGUCCAAUUUUAAUUGACGAAAACAAAACGAUAAUUAUCUCCAGGUGAUUAUACACUGAUUCAAAUAUACUUAUAAAUAUUAUAUCUUAUUUCUACCAAGUGUGUCGCACUCUAAAUAUUACAUACUGCUCCUUUAAUCGCCUUUUUUCACAAGUUUCUAUAAAAUUAAGAUUUUUAUGUGACCUUUAAGUAUUCAGAAAAAAAGUUCAUAAACAUUUGUGCAUAAACUCAUCACAUUUAAUCCUUUGUCUUUGAAGGUUCUACAAAUUACAUGAGAGAAAAUGUGAACCAAUCAUCAUGACAGUCCCGCGUAAGGUAGGUUUCUCUCGGAACUCCAUUGAAUUUUCAACUCAUAUUGAGAUGAAACGACUUAACGAAGCACCAAUAUUAUUGUGUAUGAAAGGAACUGAUGCAUUUGCUCAUUUUAACUCUUGUCCUUAGUUUAAUACAUAGAUUGUUCAAAACAUAACUGGACAUAACUCUACACAUAUGGAGAUAGAAUAAAAAACACAUCAUAUAUAAACAACACAUUUGAAUUUAACAACCUAAAGUCUGUGUAGCAAGCGAUAAGUAAUAUGUUUUUAUCAGAUUCAUUCUUUUACCUUAUCUACUCCUGUGAGCACUUUGACAUUAUCAAACAGCAGUCUGACAUUUCUUUCCCCCCUCUAGUCUGAUCUGUUCCAGGACGACCUGUAUCCUGACACAGCUGGCCCCGAUCCCGCCCUGGAGGCCGAGGAAUGGUUCGCCGGGAAGAAUGGAGGCCCCAUCCUGAUCUCACUCAAAGACGGCUACGUCUCCACAAAGAACCGAGACCUGAAAGUGGUCAAGACAAACGUCCUGGAGACCAAACCAGCCACCAAACCAGAACCCAUCUCUACUGUUCAGAAGCAUGCUUCUCCACAGCCCUCAGUGGUGAGUCUGAGAACAUCAGGAUGAGUUUUUCUGUAAAUAAAGGUAUAUCUUAGUUUGUAUCCACUUUUCUUCUUUUACCUUUUAUAAAACUGUCUUACUUUCCUGUUUUCUCCAAGUGUUUCAAACUCUAAAAACAGCAUUUUUGCUGACAGCUGUGUUCUCCUGAUUUUGGUCGGAACAAUUUACAAAAGUUAUGGAUCAGCACAUACUUCAGUAUUUGGGUUUCCAUUCAAAGGAAAACAGCUGUAGGCUUUUAAUUCUCGGUGAAAUCCCUGCUUGUUUUGUCAGGAUUAACACUGAAAUUUGUUUUUAAAGGGAUAAAACCUGUUUUAAAAUCUUCAGCAGCACUCUCAGCCAAACGAGAAAUGUUUGAACCAGGUUUGAGCUCCCCUUAUUUCUGUUUCUGUGCAGAAAAUGGAAGAUAAACUGGAAGAGGUACUCCGAGAGUUCAAGUCGCUCAGGGACCGCGUCAUCCUCCAAGACCGCCGGAUUGCUAGACUGGAAGAGCAGGUCGCCAAAGUCGCCAUGUGA